AUGCCCUUUCGCCCAGUGGUAAAGAAUCCAAAGCCCGACGGGCACAAGUCUGAAACAAACGGAUCUGCUAAAUCCAACACCCGCCAGUUUACUUGGAGCGAGAUUGAGGCAACAUCCACAAUCAAGAGGAAACAAAAUGGGAAUGCACCAACAUACAUUGUCAUAAACGACAAGGUAUACGAUGUAGGAGGCGAUUUCGUCAAGUGGCAUCCGGGUGGAAAUGUCGUCCUGUCCCAAGCUGGAAUGGAUGCUACUGGUGCAUUCGAUGUAUUUCAUCAAGAAGCCACUCAUGAAAUCAUGGCAAACUUUUAUGUCGGUGAUCUGGCCCCCGGUCAAGUUCGAAAGCAGUCCGACUUCUUCAAUGACGUGACACGUCUUCGCCAAGAAUUUGAGGCUAAAGGAUACUAUGAAUCAUCAAAGCUAUACUAUCUCUUCAAGCUGUUGUUCAAUCAGUCAAUGUGGGCAAUCUCAAUCGCAAUCAUGAUCAGAUUCCCUACAAACUUGUUUGCUGUAUUCGUGUCUGGUCUGAUCAUGGCACUGUUCUUCCAACAAAGCGGAUGGCUAUCUCAUGACUUUUUACACAACCAAGUGUUUAAAAACAGAUCAUUGAACAAAGCUGUUGGUUACUUUACUGGAAACGUGUGUCAAGGCAAGUUGUUUAUGGCUUGGACCAGCUUCUCAGUAAGCUGGUGGGUAAACAAACACUCUACCCACCAUUCAACACCAAACGUCCACAACGCUGAUCCAGACAUUGACACAAUGCCAAUCCUCGCUUGGUCUGAACAUGCCCUAGAACUCUUUACCGACGUUGACGAUGCAACACUAGCCAAAUUCCUAGUUAAAUACCAACCAUACCUGUACUUCCCAAUCCUAUCAUUCGCUCGUCUAUCUUGGUGUCAUUCAUCAAUCAGAUAUGUAGCAAACAACCCAAACAUUGCUAAUCGAUUCGUGGAAAAUGCUACUCUGGCGCUACAUUGGAUUUGGUAUUUAGGGUUUGCUACGAGAUAUUUGAGUACUUUUGGGGCCUUGCUGUGGUUUGUUACUUCGCAAGGUGGUUGUGGGCUCAUGUUGGCUUCUGUCUUUUCGUUAAAUCAUAAUGGUAUGCCCGUGUUGGAUCAGCAAGAGGCUAGAGAACACGACUUUUACGCAUUGCAGGCAAUUACCGGACGAGAUGUGCUACCUUCUAUUGCUGCUGACUUUUUCACUGGUGGUUUGAACUAUCAGAUUGAACAUCACAUGUUCCCAUCGAUACCCCGCCACAACUUCCACUUGAUUAAAGAACAAACCUUGGCACUCUGCAAGAAACACAAUGUACCUUAUCAUGCUACCACAUUCACAAAGGGUACUUUCGAAGUCUUGUCGCGACUAGCGGAUAUUUCCAAGACUAGUCUUGAGAUGAAGAAGCAGAAAUAG